UUGAAUACAGAGAAUAUGCCUUUCUUUUCUUUCACUCAUUGUUGAAUUAUGAGAAGUCUUUAAAACUCUCCCAGUGCUGUGUAGAUAGGUAUGCUCAUUUGUUUAUCCUGUAAAUUUACAAUUUUUUUUUUUCCUGUUUGUUUGAGCUGAAAUUUCUGAGCUUUGAUUAUUUGAAUAACGCCUGCACUUGUAUUCUAGCUAAUUGGUGGAAUCUGGGGUUUUGAUAACUCAAUUCAUCAUGAAACUGUUUUGGGCAUUGAUAUUGCCAGUUUUGUACUGUGGGUAUUUGUGUGAAGGAGUUAACUCAACUCUUUCUGCAAGGCCUAGUGUUUUGAACAUUGGGUGUAUUCUCACGUUGAGGUCUGACGUUGGUAAAAUUACGAAAUUGGUAAUAGAAACUGCAGUAAAAGAUAUCAAUUCUAAUCCGGCUGUUCUUGGAGGAACAAAGUUGAAUGUCACGAUCCUCGAUAACAAUUCUAGUGGAUUGAUGGGGAUAGUUGAAGCUAUACGCUUCUUGGAGACUGACACCGUGGCCAUAAUUGGCCCCCAAUCUUCGGUCAUAGCUCAUGUGAUUUCCCACAUUGCGAAUGAGAUCCAUGUCCCUCUAUUGUCUUUCUCUGCCACCGAUCCUGCUCUCACUUCACUUCAGUACCCAUUCUUUGUCAGAACGUCGCCAAAUGAUAUGUUUCAGAUGGCUGCUAUAGCAUCGAUUGUUGAAUUCUAUCAAUGGAAAGCGGUGAUUGCUAUAUAUGUAGAUGAUGAAUAUGGAAGGAGUGGAAUCGCUGCAUUAGCGGAUAAACUGGCUAUGAGGCGAUGUCGGAUAUCUUUUAAAGCGGCUCUGAAACCUCAAGCAACAUUGGAUGAAAUAAGGGAUAUGUUAGUUCAGGUGGCUUUAACGGAAUCAAGAAUUAUUAUUGUUCACACUUAUCCUUAUAGGGGACUGGAUAUAUUUUCUCUGGCGAAGAAUUUAGGAAUGACAGAAAGUGGAUAUGUGUGGAUUGCUACGCAUUGGCUCUCCACUAUCUUUGACACAAAAGGUCCCCUUUCGUCAGAUGUAAUGGACAGUAUUCAAGGAACUCUUACAUUACGCGCAUAUGUUCCAGAUUCAGAAGCAAAGAGGAAGUUUGUUUCUAGGUGGAGCGAUUUGGCCAAAAGAAUUGAUAGUAAUAUCACUUUAGGGAUGUGCACUUAUGGUUUAUAUGCAUACGACACUGUCUGGCUACUUGCUCGUGCUCUUGAUGCGUUCUUUAAACAGGGUGGAAACAUUUCAUUUUCUAUAGAUCAUAUGCUAGAUACACAUAGAGCGGGGUUAGAUCUUCAUUCUAUGAACGUCUUUGAUGGAGGGAAGUUAUUGCUCGACAACAUUUUGAAGACCAAUAUAACUGGGGUGACGGGGCUAUUCAACUUUACCCCGGACAGGGAACUCUCUCACCCUGCGUUUGAAGUUAUUAAUGUGAUUGGAACUGGAACCAAGAAAGUUGGUUACUGGUCUAAUUACGCUGGGUUAUCGAAAGUGCCUUCUGACUCUCUCUACCCUUAUCCACAAAGUCGUAAACUUUCCAUUCAAGAGCUAAAUCCUGUAGUCUGGACGGGAGACACAGUUCAGAAGCCUCGAGGGUGGGUCUUUCCGAACUAUGGGAAGCCACUGAAAGUUGGAGUCCCUAUCCGAGCUGGAUUUAAUGAAUUUGUGGAACAAGUACCAGGUACUGAUAUGUUCAAAGGGUACUGUAUUGAGGUCUUCACAACUGCGCUAAACUAUUUGCCAUAUGCUGUACCGUACAAAUUUGUCCCCGUUGAAGAUGCAGACGAUACAGAACUUGUGCACAGAAUCACUGAAGGGGUUUAUGGUGCAGCUGUGGGUAGCAUUGCAAUCACAACUAAUCGGACAUUAAUGGUUGAUUUCACUCAACCUUAUAUUGAGUCGGGCCUAGUUGUGGUCGCACCGUUUAGAGAGCGGGGCUCUAAUGCUUGGGCUUUUCUUAGGCCAUUUUCUCCUAUGCUAUGGUGUCUCACUGGCUUGUUUUUUCUUGUGAUUGGGGUAGCGGUUUGGAUUUUGGAGCACAGAAUGAAUGAUGAUUUUCGUGGACCUCCUAGAAAGCAAAUCGAAACUAUUUUUUGGUUUGGCAUUUCAACGUUCUUCUCUGCCAACAGAGAAAACACUAUCAGCUGCUUAGGCCGUCUUGUCCUUAUGAUAUGGCUAUUUGUGGUUUUAAUAAUAAACUCUAGUUACACUGCGAGCCUUACCUCAAUCCUCACGGUUCAACAUCUUUUUUCCCCAAUCAAAGGAAUUGAUACGUUGUUAACAACAAAUGACCCGAUUGGUUACCAACGUGGUUCGUUUGUUCGCAAUUAUCUGAUUGAGGAACUCGGGUUUCAUGAAUCCAGGCUUGUUCCUUUUAACGUGACCGAAGAUUAUGCUAAAGCUUUAAAGGAUGGUCCCAGUAAAGGCGGUGUUGCAGCUGUGGUAGACGAGCGUGCUUUUGUGGAACUCUUCCUCUCAACCCACUGCGAAUUCUGUAUCGUAGGCCAAGAGUUCACGAGAAAUGGAUGGGGUUUUGCCUUCCCGAAGGACUCUCCUCUGGCGGUCGACCUGUCAACCGUGAUUCUGAAACUGUCGGAGAAUGGGGAGCUUCAAAGGAUCCACGACAAAUGGCUGUUGAGGAGCGCUUGUACAUCGCAAAACACAAAGCUUGAAGUGAACCGGCUUGAACUGAAGAGCUUCUCGGGUCUCUUCUUUAUGUGCGGAUUUGCAUGCCUUUUAGCCCUGCUGGUGUACCUUGUUCUCGUAAUACGCCAGUUCAUGCAAUACUACGAUGAGCCCGAGCCGUCUUCCAGCGUAAGCUCAUCGCGGUCAGCACGCCUCCAGACAUUCCUUUCGUUCGUCGAUGAAAAGGAAAGCUCGGUAAAAUGUCGGUCCAAAAGAAGGCAACUUGAAGGGGGUUCUUCAAGAAGUACUGAUGAAGGUGCGUACUGAAUGAUUACUAUGAAUCAUGACAGCAUAAAGUUGUAUGUACACCCACACACACACACACACAUAUAUAUAUAUAUAUAUAUAUAGCAGUAGUCUGUCUUUGACAUCCUAUUCUAUAAUGACACAAUAAUAUUU